AUGACAACUGUGAGAUACGAACAAGGGGCAGAGCUGACAGAAACGUCCAGCUCGCCAGCAGCCGAAGAGCCCACAGUAAAGAUUGAUGAUGGUCGUAAUGAGGAUAAUGAACCAGACAGCUGUUCCAAUGCAAUUAGGAGAAAAAUUUCCCCAUUUGUGAUGUCAUUUGGAUUCAGAGUAUUUGGAGUUGUACUUAUCAUUGUGGACAUUAUAGUUGUUGUUGUGGAUCUGGCUAUCAGUGAGAAGAAGAAGGGUGUUAGAGAGAUUCUUGAAGGUGUUUCCCUGGCAAUAGCACUCUUCUUUCUCAUCGAUGUUCUCCUGAGGGUCUUUGUUGAAGGCUUCAGGAACUAUUUCCGGUCCAAACUGAAUAUUUUGGAUGCAUUCAUAGUGGUGGGCACUCUGUUAAUUAACAUGACAUACUCCUUCUCAGACCUUGCUGCAGCAGAUCAGAUACCAAGAAUGGUUACUCUCCUCCGAGUUCUGAGAAUUGUCAUCUUAAUAAGAAUAUUUCGCCUGGCUUCACAAAAGAAGCAACUUGAAGUGGUGACCAGGAGAAUGGUCUCUGAAAACAAAAGGCGUUAUAUGAAAGAUGGCUUUGAUCUGGAUCUCACUUAUGUUACUGAUCGCAUUAUUGCAAUGUCAUUUCCAUCUUCUGGGAAGCAAUCUUUCUAUAGGAACCCUAUAGAGGAAGUUGCAAGAUUUUUGGACACCAAACAUGCAGACCACUAUAAAGUCUACAAUCUCUGCAGUGAAAAAGGCUAUGACCCCAAGUACUUCCACUACAGGGUGGAAAGGAUCUUUAUUGAUGAUCACAAUGUCCCAGCGCUACAGGACAUGCUGAAAUUCACUGCCAGUGUCCGUGACUGGAUGAGUCAAGAUGAAAAGAACAUCAUAGCAAUUCACUGUAAAGGAGGGAAAGGUAGGACUUCUACUGUUUAA